AAAAGUGAAAGUGUCGUCGGAGGGACUUGGUGCUCGUACUCUCUGCUCCCCCUCCUGUCCGGCGCCCUCCCAGCUCCCCCGCCCUGCAUUCCGCGGAGCAGCUGUGUUUUUAAUGCGCACCCGAGGACGCGAGGAAGGAGAGAAGAGCGAGGAAGAAGGGACAGAAGGAGAAGGGGAGCGGGGAGCGAGCAGGCCCGGCCGCCACCCGCCCUCGCCCUCCGGAGCGCUGCCCCCUCUCCCCUCCUGGCCCUGCAUGGACGGGGAUGGGGAGAGCCGGAUGCUGUGGCCGCGGGGCUGAGCGCCUCGCCUGCGCGUCCCUGGUGCGCCGCUUCCGGCCGCUGCUGCUGCUGAUCGCCGCUCUGUGCUGCGGUGCUCGCACAGGUCAGUGUCAAGUGGCCACCCCUCAGUGUCGUAUCCAGAAGUGCACCACCGACUUCGUCUCCCUGACCUCCCACCUGACGCCGGCCGUUGAUGGCUUUCACACCGAAUUUUGCAAGGCUUUACGCGCGUACUCGGCGUGCACCCAGAGGACCGCCAAGUCCUGCCGGGGGAACCUGGUCUUCCACUCGGCUGUGCUCGGCAUCUCAGACCUCAUGAGCCAGAGGAACUGCUCCAGAGAUGGGCCCACGUCUUCCACGCACCCCGAGGUCCACCUCGAGCCCUGCAGCUACCACAGUCGCACCCAGCACGCCCACACACACUCCCACGCACAUGCACACGCAAGCGCCCACACCCACAGCCAUGGCCACUCUCGACCUGGGUACCUGUUCUGCGGGCUGUUUGGGGACCCGCACCUGAGGACAUUUAAGGACAGUUUCCAGACUUGCAAGGUGGGGGGCGCGUGGCCACUCAUUGACAAUGACUAUCUGUCGGUGCAGGUCACUAAUGUUCCUGUUGUUCCUGGCUCCAGUGCGACAGCAACCAAUAAGAUCACCAUCAUCUUUAAGCCCUAUGAGGGUUGCACAGACCAGAGGGUCUACCAGGCUGUUACAGACAACCUCCCUGCCGCCUUUGAUGAUGGCACUGUGAGCAGUGGAGACCCCAUCCACACUUUAGCGGGUGCGGAUGGUGCAACCGGGAAGGUCCGGGCUCUGUGGAUCUCUGAGCGCACCCCGGGGAACCAUGUCGAGCUGCACGCUGGCUACAUUGGUGUGACUGUAAUCGUUCGCCAGCUGGGCCGCUACCUGACCCUGGCAGUGCGGAUCCCAGAGGAGCUGGCUCAGGCCUACGACGCCACCCAAGACCUGCAGCUCUGUCUGAACGGUUGCCCCAGCAGUGAACGCAUCGACCAGGCAGGGCACCUUCCCCUGCCCGUCUCCCCUCCUGCGCUUGGCCUGCAGCUUCAGCCGCUGCGUCGGCCCAGCUACUCCUCACAGACACAAGCGCACCCCUACGGCACGCCGCAGGUUUUCAGCGUGGAUGGGGCAAAGGAGCGAUGCAGGGAGAAGCUGGAGGUGCAGGACAUUUACUUCCAUUCCUGCGUGUUUGAUCUCUUGACCACCGGGGAUGCUAAUUUCACAGUGGCGGCAUAUAGUGCCCAGAAGGACAUGGAGAGUCUCCACCCGCACCGGGAUAGAUGGAGGAUCUACCCCCGUGGCUCCGCCACCUCCACCUUACACUCUGAUUUCCAGCCUAUCACACGUCUCACUCUGCUCUUGCUGUGUGCGCUGAGUGUGCCGUUGAUGUAAUAGCGGCUGAGGAAGUCUUUUGAGUGUGCCUGCAUGCGUGUGGGCUUGUGUGUGUUUGUGCACUUUUUGCUGAGCACUGAUACUGAGCACUGACUCCUCUCUCAUGCAGAGACAGCAUGCGUGACAGUCACCGGGAGCCAGAUGUUUUCGUAGAGGAGGUGGCAGACUUCCCAGUGGGCACAGGAGACACUGGCAACUGCAUCCUACCUGCUAGAAUGGGCCCUCUGGAGGUAGAAACACAGGAGAGGUGAUGAUUGCUCACAAAAUCUGUCCUCAUCUUUGGAUAGGAUACCAUUAACCAUAACAGACAUUGACGAGUGGCAGAAUUGAGUGUGUGGACUGUAAAUAGUUAAUUUUGUCUUCAGUGCACAGUUUAAUGGCGUAGAGUUUAGAGGGUUUUUGUGCCAUUUGAUGUGAUAUUUCUUUAAUACCUCAGACAGAGGAUGUUUGUUUUAACAGAAGCACUUUAUUUUUAUUUUUUUAUUUUAUUAAUCCACAUCAGUGUUUCUUCCUCUCACUUCCUCUCCUCAACAAAAAUGCUAGUGGCUCAAAAUUCGAAGACUAACUAUGAUUUGGGUUUUGAUCCUUUCGAAGUUAAAGUCAGUUGAUUACAAGGAGCUGCACAGUUUUGUUAAAACGACUCACUCUUCCAGUAGUGGAUUUGACUCUGUGCCUCAUUGUUAUUCAGUCUUUGCGAGGUGUUCUGUUGAAUGUAUUAUGAACACUGUCACAGCAAACGCAAUCAGUACUAUUUUUUUUGUUGCGGUAUGAAUGUGUUGUUUUUCCUCAGUCCCGAUUUCAAAUAUGCGUGUGUGUGUGUGUACGUGUGAGUGUGUAUGAAUGCAUCAGUUGGCGACACGCUUGAAUAAAAUUUUAUUUCACCUGAAAUUCACACCAUUUUGACACGAGGCUGUGACGAUACCGGCUCAUGUUUGUAACUCAGUGUAUUCGUUGUUGUUUUAAUUUGAGCCAAAGACAAGAUGUUGUUUUUUCUUCAUGUACAAAGGAAAUCAUAACUCAACACCAAACCAGCACCCUUCUUCUCCUCCUCCUCACAGUCACCCUCUUCUCUGUUUGUAAACCUGCUACCGUAGACUAUUUUUUCUCCUACUGCCAGGAUUGACGAGCUGCUCCUUAAUGAGAUAUGUGUACGAUACUGGAGUGUAGGCAAAACACUGCAAAUCACUGAGGAAACUUCACCACAGAGUGUGCUGGGAUUUAUAAUUCAGCAUUGUGUUGAGGGAAAUGAAUGCCAUUUGAUACCUGGCCGAAAUGCCAAUCCCUUCAACUGUGAGCUUUCUUCACAUGUAACAUUCUGUAUAAUUAUGUCCCACAUGUUUGGCCAUAUAACCUUAAUCAAAAAAUUUUUUUCCCAGCAUUGUAAGCUUUUACACCAUGUGUGAGUGUUAGUUUGGUGAAGAGUGACUGGUCAGUGUUGAAAUACUUAACUUAUUUAUGAAACUAGUGUCCUGUAGAGGAAGUUAAGCUCCAUAUUCUUGCUGUUGGAUAAUAAUUUAAAAUGUCAGAUGUGAUUGUACUGCCACCUAGUGGUACUCUGUUGCUAUGUGUGUUAUGCUAAAAAAAGAAGAAAAAAAGAGGAAACAAACUGUGUGAAAGUGUUUUAUUUAAAAAAAACAACAAUAAAGUCAAUGUUCAAGUGUU